CGGGACUGCCAUCUUAUAUCAUGUACAUAGAUUGUGUUUUAAUUCGAUACCACUUUCGCAUUUUCCUCAUCUGAACAGUACUUACAACAAGAAAAAGUCCCCCCAUUUUUCGCCUAAUUAACGUCGCCUCUCAAAAUGGACGUCAUAAAUCUCCACCGCGAUGCAAGGGAGCCCAUCACAUGCAUUGACAUGCACACCACAGGUGAACCCACGAGGAUAGUCAUCAAAGGCUACCCCGACCUUUCUGGAACACUAUUACAGCAGAAACGCCAAGCGAAAUCCCAACAUGACCACAUCCGCAAGCGCUUGAUGCUCGAGCCAGCCGGCCAUGCAGACAUGUACGGCGCCAUCCUUCGGCCCAGAACCGAGCUCACAGAAACGGGCGACGCACAUAUCGGCGUGUUAUUCACCCACAAUGAAGGAUACAGUACCAUGUGCGGACAUGCCACGAUCGCGCUCGGACGAUUCCUGGUCGACACACACGACGUCAGUGUCUUUCCGCAGAGGAACGAGAUCAAAUGUGACCCGGCAACGAAGACCGCGACACUGAACUUGCACGCGCCAUGCGGUCUCGUCGUGGUCACGGUUCCAGUCACAGACGAUCUUUCGCGAUCUGAUCCGUCUCGUCCUGUCUCAUUCAUCUGCGUUCCAUCGUUCGCUACCGGACAGGACAUAGCAAUUGAGAUUCCACCGGGCGACCGAUGGCCGGAACUGCAAGACCGAGACCACGUCAAGGUCGGAUUCUGCUACGGCGGCGCUUUCACCUGUCUAGUCUCUGCCAAAGAACUUGGAUUCAACGACGGCUUGCGUCCACCCGUUCGCCAUGAAGCACUGAACACCGCAACACGGAAGCUCAAAGCAAUCGUCAACUCCGACCCGCGGUAUCAGAAGUACAUGAAACAUCCCGAGGAAGACGAUUUGAGCUCUCUUUACACGGUCAUGGUGCAAGACAAGAGCAUUGGGAGAGUGUUGUCUGGGGCCGAGGGAGCAGAGACUGGACUGUGCUAUUUCGCAGAUCAGCAGAUCGACCGCUCGCCGACUGGGAGUGCGGUGGCUGCGAGGAUUGCAUUUGCGGUUGCGACGGGUAAGUUGAAGAUGGGGCAGUCUUGGACGUAUCAUACGCUGGUUUCUAAUGCGAAGGAGGGGAAGGGGGGUUUUGUGGGGACUGCGGUGGAGGAGGUGCCAGAGUUGUAUUUGAAGGAGAGUAUGCUUUCGACUCCUAUUAGGGUCAGGGUAGAAGGCCAUGCGUAUUAUGUUGGAAGUCAUGUGUUUAUCUCUGAACCAGAAGAUCCAUACGGUGAAGGGGGGUUUCUUUUUGAUCGGUUGUAGCUGGUCAAAACCACCCAUUACGACUGACAUGUAUGACUGCUAUUCUUUCUAUCAUCAUGGUUACUCGAAUUGAAAGUAUCACAGUUUGGUGCAUAAAAGUUUCUGAAAACAGUACCGAAUCCGUGGGAAAGAGGUCCG